GACUUUCUUCGAAGGUCUUCAGCGACAUAUUAAUUUCCUAAUCUUCAAAUAAAUGGCCAAUGUCUCUAAUUACAAAAAAGACAACAGCAAACCAUCUCCAUUUUAGUAGAUUUCUCUAUCUUAUCAAAACCCUAAAUCUCUACCAUAAGCAUCACUCUACCCUCCCUUCUGAAAAUCCAAAUCUCCAUGAUGUUAAUGACCCAUUGCUCACAAAACCUCCCUCUUCUCUUUCACUGGGAAAACCCCAUUUCGUUGUUCCCACCAAUAACAUGAUUCCUACUCAACCCUCAUCCAGAAGAUCCCAAUCACUGUAUCCUCAUGAUGACAUUGUGUCAUCAAAUAAGAUGAUCACUAAUUAUAUUCGGAUUGCUGAUUUAGAUUCAGCUCGUAAAGUUUUUGAAAACAUGGCAGUUAAAACGACUGUCACGUGGAAUUCGAUAUUGGCAGGGUAUUCGAGAAAACCUGGGAAACUCAAGGAAGCUCGAGAGUUGUUUGAUAAAAUUCCUGAACCAGAUGUUGUGUCUUUUAACACUCUGUUAGCUUGUUAUAUUAAUAAUUCUGAUAUUAAAACAGCAUGGAAUUUCUUUCAUAGAAUACCUGUUAAAGAUUUUGCAUCUUGGAACACCAUGAUAUCGGGUUUGUCAAGGAAUGGGCAAAUGAACGAAGCUUUGGAACUAUUUUCAAUAAUGCGGGAGAAAAAUAGUGUUUCGUGGAGUGCCAUGAUUUCUGGUUAUGUUGAAGCUAACGAUUUGGAUUCUGCAUUUGAUUUCUUUAAUAAAGCUCCGAUUAAAAGUGUCGUUGCUUGGACAGCGAUGAUUACUGGGUAUAUGAAGUCCCGAAAGAUAGAAUUGGCUGAAAAUUUGUUUCAAGAAAUGCCGGUUAGGAACUUGGUGAGUUGGAAUUCCAUGAUUUCUGGGUACGUUGAAUGUGGUAGAUCAGAAGAUGGUGUGAAGCUUUUCAGGAGAAUGGUGGGUUUGGGUGUUAGACCAAACGAGAGGAGUUUGAGUAGUGUUUUAGUGGGGUGUAGUAAUUUAUCUGCAUUGGGGUUGGGUAAGCAAAUUCAUCAAUUUGUUUGCAAGUCUCCAUUGUAUUUUGAUACAAGUGUAUUAACAUCUUUCCUUAGUAUGUACUGUAAAUGUGGGGAUUUAGGAAAUGCACAGAAACUUUUUCAUGGGAUUCGGCAGAAAGAUAUUGUUACUUGGAAUGCCAUGAUCUCAGGGUAUGCCCAACAUGGGCUUGGUGAGAGAGCCAUUGGGUUCUUUGAUGAGAUUAAAAAUCAGGGAGUUAGGCCGGAUUGGAUCACUUUUGUUGCGUUGUUGUCAGCAUGUAAUCAUGCAGGAUUGGUCGAUCUUGGGAUUAAGCAUUUUGAAUCAAUGAAAAGAGAUUAUGGGAUUGAAGCUAUGCCAGAUCACUAUACGUGUAUGGUUGAUCUGCUUGGAAGAGCUGGUUUCCUGCAAAAGGCCGUAGAUUUGAUUAGUGGAAUGCCUUAUGAGCCACAUCCAGCCAUAUUCGGAACACUAUUAGGGGCUUGUAGGAUUCACAAGAAUUUAGAGCUAGCUGAAUUUGCAGCACAGAAGUUGCUAAAUUUGGAUCCAAAUAGUGCGGCUGGUUAUGUCCAGCUUGCUAAUGUGUAUGCAGACAUGAAAAGGUGGGAUCAAGUAGCUAGGGUUCGGCAGUUGAUGAAGGAACAUAAGGUUGUGAAAACACCUGGGUAUAGUUGGAUUGAGGUGAAGAAUGUUGUUCAUGAGUUCAGGUCCGGAGACGGGAUUCACCCUGAUUUGGAGUUAAUACACUCGAAAUUGUAUGAGUUGGAGAAGAAGAUGAAGCUGGCUGGGUUUGUGCCAAAUCUUGAAUUUGCAUUACAUGAUGUGGGCGUGGAACAGAAGGAGAUGUUACUGUCCAGGCAUAGUGAGAAAUUAGCAGUUGCUUUUGGACUGAUAACUACAGCAAAGAGAGCUGAAAUUCGGAUAUUUAAGAACCUCAGAAUAUGUGGCGAUUGUCAUAAUGCCAUAAAAUACAUCUCUGUGAUUGAAGAGCGGGAAAUAUUCGUUAGAGAUACUGUGAGGUUUCAUCAUUUCAGGAAUGGAACUUGUUCAUGUGGUGAUUAUUGGUGAGAGCUUGAAAUUGUGUCUUUAUAUUUAGGUGAUUUAACCUCCGCUAAACAGAAAUUAUCAGAAUUAUGUUCAGUCUUCUGUAGUUAUUGUUUUAUUAUUAUUAUCAACGAUAUGGAAAGGAUGGAUUUGCUAUAUCUAUAAGUGUCUCGGAUCGUUCUUUGUCAAUUGUCAUCACUCAAGGAAAAGCACUUUGGUCAAGUCAAAUGGAAUGUCCAUUAUGUCACAUAUAUGAGCAUAUUCAAUUCAAUUUGCA